AUGGGGAAAGGCGGAGGAGCCGCUGCCAGCGGAGGUCGGAACGGCGGCGGCGGCGGCGGAGCCCCCCGGGAACGGGGAGGGGACGGAGGGGGACAAGGGGGGACCGGGGAAGGGGACAGAGGGGAGCGGGGGGUCCAAGGGGAGGGGACAGAAGGGACCGGGGACGGGGGAGGGCUGUCCCCGGCUGGCUCUGCCCUCCCCGCUCUGGCACCGCCCGCGCCGCCCAUAAAAGCGCCGCUCCUGCCUCGCCCGCCGCAGUCGGGUCCGCGGCACCGGCUGCGCCCCGAGCCCGCGGCUGGGCCGGGCCGAACCGGGGCGGCCGGGACCGAGCGGGGAUCCGCAUCCCGAACCGGAGAAUCCGCAUCCCGAACCGGCUGCAUCCCGAACCGAGCCGGGAUCCGCAUCCCGAACCGGAGAAUCCGCAUCUCGAACCGGGGGAUCCGCAUCCCGAACCGAGCGGGGAUCCGCAUCCCGAACCGGGGAAUCCGCAUCCCGAACCGGCUGCAUCCGGAACCGACUUCAUCCCGAACCGGGGGGAACCCGCAUCCCGAACCGGGGAAUCUGCAUCCAGAACCGGCUGCAGCAGGUACCGAGAGGAACCGCACCCCGAACCGGCUGCUUCCCGAACCGACUGAAUCCCGAACCGGGAGGGAUCCGCACCUGCUCCGCUGCCCCUGCAGCCCAGGCUGGUGCCGAACCGGCCAGAACCCGCAUCCCGAACCGGCUGCAUCCCGAACCGGUAGGAAUCCGAACCCUGGGGAAGCCGCAGCCGAGCCCGGAGGGACCCGGACCCUGAACCAGCCCCGCACGCUGAGCCAGCCGUGCCUGAACCGGGCGGAUCCUGCACCCCGAACCGGGCGGGACCCGCACCCCGAACCGGGCGGGACCCGCACCCCGAACCGGGCGGAUCCCGCACCCCGAACCGGGCGGGACCCGCACCCCGAACCGGGUGGGUCCCGCACCCCGAACCGGGCGGAUCCCGCACCCCGAACCGGGCAGAACCCGCACCCCGACCCAGCCGUGCCAUGGCUGUGCUCCCAGCUCCGGCUGCCCCUGGACACUGGAGGGACCAGAACCCCAAAUCCGCUGCACCCUGACGGGUUCUGCACCCCAAACUGGGAGGUGCCCAUGCCCUGA